CAGCUGCGCGCAGGGGCGUGGGACGCUUCGGGGCAGCGAUCUGUCCCCAGCGCUCCUGGGACUGUUGUCACCGAGCGCCGCCGAGGCUUUUUCCGGGGUAAACAGGCGGGAGGAGGAAAGUGAAAGCUCGCCCGGCAGCGUCUGCCUCGAGAGGAAGCAGGUCGCCCAAGAAGAGCAGACCCCGGCCCGCCCGCUGCCUUUCUUGGACGCUCAGGCGCCUCCCUCUCGCCGGGCUGGGGUGGCCGGGGAGGAAAGCAGGAAGACGGUGCUGGUGGGAGCCCAGAAGAGCCUCACGCCGGCUCCGAUCCGUCUUACCUCCGCCGAAGCGGGGCGCCUCCGCCGCGUCGCUGCACCGCCCGACGGAUAGCCUUAGCCAUGCCGGAAAACCAUUUAGAGCAAUGCCAGAAGGAGACCGAGGAAGUGACUGAGAUCAUGCUAGAAAACUAUAACAAGGUGCUGGAUCGUGAGGGCAAACUGCACGACCUGGAUGAAAGGGCAGAUGAACUUCGAAACCAGAGUUCUGCCUUCAGCAAGACCACAAAGACCAUAGCCAGGCAGCAGCGCUGGAAGAACAGGAAAUGCAAGAUCAUCUUGGUGGUCGUGGUUGCUGGGGCUGUCCUGCUGAUCAUCCUGGCAAUAGUUCUCGCACUCAGCUUCCCCACUUCUGGCAACCAGGAGGCUGCAGCAAAAGCCAGCACUGGUGGGGACUGAGUGGGAAUUAAGACAACCUGAGAAUCUUCUCCGCCAGACUCUCCCUUGACUCAGUGUGUUGAUGCUACUUGGGGCUUGAGCGAGACUUAGCUGCUGUCUAGUGCUCCUGUCACAAGAUUUGCUGCCACCACGGCAGCAGCAUAAUGUAGGGGAGCAAGAGCUGCAACUCUUGUAGCAUUCAGUGUCCAUGCGCAGGCCAUGUGGCUUCGGCUGAAAGAUAUCUAUGCUCAGCCCUAAAUGGUGCAACAUUGUAUGUUUGCAAUCUGGUGCCACAUGUUGAUCAAAAAAGUAAGACAUGCCCUUGCAUUUCUGCAUUCAGGUUCAAGGAGACAGGAAGACAUAUCCCUGCCAUCUUCCACUCCUGAAAACUGCUGCAGGAUUUAGUGUGCAGAUUAUCUGCUUUUUAUUAAGGGAAAAUGAGAAAGAAUUGCUUUUGGCAGCUGAGUUUGGGUGCCAUUAAGAGUGACGGACUACAUGAUAGACAGGUUUGAACCACAGGAGGCAAAUAAUGGUCCUGUGCAAGUUCCAUUCAUAUUGGUGGGGCUUGUACAGGAAAGCUUAGCCUGGGAUUGUGUAACCAUGUUAAUUAACAGGAGGGGAGAUGCCAUUUAGAUUUUAGGCACUAAAUGUCUUGAGCCAGCCCCAGUUUUUAAAUUCUUAAGCACAUUACCACUAUAGAUAUGUCUCUGCAAUUGGGAACAUGUAUGCUGCUUCUCAAUCACGUGAUUAAGCCAUAAACUGUGUUUUCAGUGAUCUUGAGAAAUUUUCAGGUGAUCUUGAAGUUAGUAAGUUAUGCUGUAGCAGGAACGAUGCCUACAUUUCAUAGGAUUUCUUUGCUGGAUGUCAUAUAGAGCUUGUGUGCACCACCCUUCAAACUUUGUUUUAGUUGUUUGUGGAAUUUUUUUGAAUGUGAAAACUGACACCUUGCUCUCACAUAGGAAUCAAUUUUGCUGUUGUGUCUUGCUAUCAAAAGUAAUUUGAACAAAAUUAAUACUUUCUUCUGACUUAGCCAAUGUUUUACCAGGAUUUUUUUCUUUCUAAAAUGUAUGCAUCCAAAUAUCCUGCUAUUUUCAUUAACAGAAUAUCAUUUUUCAGCUUUUUUUGUUUCCACAUGGCUGCCCAUUUAGUGUUCUCAUACAGAUACAUUUCCCCUCCUCUUUCUGAUCUUGCUCACCCCUGAAUAUUUAGAACUGUAUAAAACAGCUCUAUGUCUUCCUAUGCACAAAUCUGUAUAAUUUAAAAACCAUGGAUCACUAUUGCCCACAUAUUGUGGGGGAAGAAGUUUUAUGUUUUUAUUAAUGGGGUGCAAUGCACAAUGCUCCCAAAGCAUGUGCUACACAGAGGUAAUAAAAAAAUAGAAGGAUUACAAUAGAACACCCUGAUAUUGACACAGCCAAAAACAUAAUCCACUGCCAUACAAUACUGCUCCUUGUGGACUUGUGGCUGGACAGUUUCAGAUGUUUGCUAGUAACAUUGUUCAGUUACAUAAAUCCAAAUUACAUAAAACCAAGUCAUCUAAUAGCUAAAAAAUCUCUCACAUUUUUAGACGUUGGUGGAAGUCUUAUUUAGAUGCCUGCUUUGCAUUUUUAAUACCACUUUACCUUUUAACUUAUAUGCUAUUCAAGCGUGUACUUAUUUAACAGAUAAUUCUUCCUGUACUGUUUCAAGAGCUGUCUUUUAUGGCAAGUUCAAUAAAAGAGACAGACUGCUACAUUCACUGGGAAGUGAUAAGAAGUCAAGUGGGGGUGCCUGUCAAGAGAAGACAAGAGCAAGGAGAAUAAAAAGCCUGGCAGUACGUUUAGGACUGUAAGGACUGAUUCAAACAUGGUGCUGACGGGCAAGAAACUGCCUUUGUUCCACUGCAGGCACCCAGCAUCUUGUUCAAACUGGACCACUGCAAAGCUAGCACAUGAGCGCAUAGCCUGCCUAGGUGAUGGUAGUCAGGCAUGCUAACAUUGCAUACUUAGCAGCUGAAAGCCCAGUUUUAAUGAGACACUGAAAUAAACAAUCUUUAAAGUGCCACUGGGUUUUUGUUUUAUGCGCAGUGUCACAGAGGCAAGUUUUUCUGUCCCACCAGCAUCAUGUUUAAAUUGGACCUGAUUCUCAAAAAGUGGACUGGCAGCUUCAUCAGGUUGCAAGAUGACUUAACAACUGGAGGGAAUGCAGGCUGGCAGAUUUUGCUAAUGGUUUCUCAUUUGGAGCAAUGGAUGUGCAUGUUUCUACUAGCAAAACUUUGGCUCUGGGAUUUUCUGUUCUAAGGACAAAGCUAAGCCAUACUGAUUGCGUUUCCCCCCCUCCUGUUUCUGGAUAGUGUUCAUCUGAGCAAAGCCUUUUGAAGGUUCCACCUUGCAAACAGAUAAGAUUGGCAGCUGCCCAUUCAUGGGCAUUCUCUGUUGUGGCUCCCACAUUAUGGAAUAGCCUUCCUGAGAUUAUCAGGAAAGCCCCCCAUGCUUCUAUCAUUUUAUAGAAUGCGCAGAACAGAAAUAUUCAAGAGGGCAUUUUUAUAAAGGGAUCAGAACAAAGAUAUAAUGGAUCUACUCAGGAGGCUGCAUCUAUAAGUGGGGUUGCCAACUCUGGGUUGGGAGAUUCUUGGAGACUGGGGAGGGUGGUGUUUGGGGAGCCCUCAGUGGGGCAUAAUGCCAUAUGAUGCCUGUCUUGGGGGACCCUAUUUGGGUGGAAAGGUGGUAUAAAAUGUUUUCAUUUAUUUAUUUAAUAGUCCACCCUCCAAAGCUGCAAUUUCCUCCAGGGGAACUGAUCUCUGUCAUGUACAGAUUAGUUGUAAUUCCAGAAUAUCUCCAAGCCCUAUCUGGAGGUUGGCAACUCCAUCGAUAAAUGAUAAUAUUGGAAUAUAUUGCUGUGGUAGUUGUACAUCUCAUUCCCCCUUUUGACUGCAAUGCAGUGUCUUCGAGACAACCUUUGUAACUCUCCACUACAGGAUGUCAAGCCUUAGACAGCUUUGUUGCCUUAGACAAUUUGUUUUUGCUUGCAUUGUUUUUCCCAUUCUUCGGUCCUAGCUGUAAUGCCCUGUUUUUGCUCAUUAGAGAGCUUUGCUGUUUGAAUUGUUUUUCAUGUUUUGAAAGCCACCCUGAGACUCAGUGAGAAAGGUGGGCUAACUAACAACAAUUUUUGAAGAGCAUUCAGAGGGUAGAGAAUAAAAACUAACAAAAUAUU